UAAACCCUAUUAAAACCCCAUUCCCUCUUCGGCUGUUUUUCUCUUCCCCUCAGUUUCGGAAAUGGCGUUCAGCUCGAUUCUUCGCAGGUCUGGAUCUCUCGCAAGGCCUCUUGUGAUUGCAGGGCAAUUGUUGAAGAACACUCAGCGGCAGAGUAGCUACUGCACCGUUUUGUUGAGCGCCAUCAACCAGAACUUGCAAAAGGACUCGGCGGUUCCGACGUUCGGUUUUUCUUCUUUGGCUUAUAAGAACAAGCCCACCUCCGACGAGAACCUUCUCCGCGUCAUCGAAUCGGAGAUCACUUGCGCCCAGGAAACCGACAAUCACACUGUUGAUGAGGCUCCAAGUAAUUUCCCUUUUAAGAUACUUGAUCAGCCGGGACAGCAGACUAUAAUGCUUGAAAGGACAUAUCAAGGUGAGGAAAUUAAGGUUGAGGUGCACAUGCCUGAUCUGGUCACCGGGGAAGAAAAUGAUGAUGGUCGUGACGACGACGAUGAGAGUGAGAGAGCAUCUCAGUCAAGCAUUCCGCUUUCAGUCAGUGUUUACAAGAAGGAUGGGCCCUAUCUGGAAUUCAGUUGUGUGGCUUACCCCGAUGAGGUCGUCAUUGACAGCUUGUCUGUUAAGAAUCCGGAACCCAGCGAGGAUCAGAUUGCAUACGAAGGACCAGACUUCCAGGAUUUGGACGAGGGCCUCCAAAAGUCUUUCCACAAGUACUUAGAAAUUAGAGGAAUCAAGCCUAGCACAACCAAUUUCUUGCAUGAGUACAUGAUCAACAAGGAUAGCAGGGAAUACUUGGUCUGGUUGCAGAAGCUCAAGCAAUUUGUUGAAGCAUGAGACGUUAUUUUAAGCAAGAACACGCAACACUGAAAAUUUGUUUUAAUAACUUGAUUAUAUGCGUUGAUGCCAUACAUUCAGAGGGAAAUAUAAUUAGAUACCCUGUCACUGUGGUUUAGUGAUAGUUCCUAUUAGAAGUAGGUUUGGUUAAUUUUGUUUGUGUAUCCUCUUUGGCGCAUUUUCUUGUAUGAGCUUGACAAUUUUUUUUUUUUUGGGAAAAUUAUAAAGAAAGCCAAGUAUUAGUCGUUCAUUU